AUGGCGCAGCCCGAGGCCGGCGACCGAGAUGGCGCGGAGAAUGCGCCGCGCUCUCCCAAUGCCGAUGCCGAUGCCGAUGCCGGGCCCGUGCCGGACCGGGCUCAAGUCCAAGUUCAGCCGAAUGCGCCGGUGCCGAUGCAGGUUCAGGAGCAGGAGCAGGAGCAUGCGCGGCCGAGGAGACGGACGAGGCGAGCGUGCGACAAGUGCAGCACAUCGAGGACGCGAUGCGACGGCGAAUCCCCUUGUCGCCGCUGCCAAGAAUACGGAUACACCUGUCGGUACACUCGUGAGGUGAAGAAAAGGGGCCGCCUGCCUGCCUCUGCAUCGGGCUCACGCGGCAGCGUCAGCCGUGAUAGCGACCAGGCCAGCCACUCCUCGCCGCCUGCGACGCCGCCCGCGUCCGCCAUCAGCGCACCCGCGUCCGCCCCGAGAAGCGCCCCCAAGCCCUCGCACGAGCCGACCCUUGGGCAACCGGAGCCGAUGGAUCAGGACCCCCACCCUCCUCGAGAGCCCCCGCGGCGCGAUAGCGACAUCAACAUCCCGCAGGCGACGAUGCCUCGCUCCAUGCACGCCAUGUCGAUCCCGUCGCUGACCCAAGCUGGCAUCCAACGGUCGCCGCGCCCGCCCCUUUCCGCCGACGGCCCCGCAUUCCGACUGCAUGCCGCCCCCUCUUCGGUCAGCGCCCUGGAGGGUCACAUGGCCGAGUCCGAGAUGCUCAUCUCUGACGAGAGCGCCGGCUACCCUUCGCCGGCCACCGGAUCGCAGUCGGCCGACACCGACAGGCCGGGGGCGUCCGUCAGCACGGCCACGACGGCCCCCGAUGGGUUCCUCCCGGACGUCAUGCCGCGCGCGCCGACCGAAGAGUGCUGCUACAGGUUCCUCGAUCCGGUGCUCCCCUUUAUCCGCCGCAUCAUACCCGCCUCGGUGGCGUGCGAGCUCCUCGACAUAUUCCUCACGGAUCCGGGCAGUUCGCUCUUCCGGGGCGCCUCGCCGUACAUUCUCACCAGGAUCUUUCGCAAAAAGUCCAUUACGCAUCCGACGAACCCGAGACACACGACGCCUGCUCUCCUGGCCACCAUUCUCUGGUGCGUUGCGCAGACGGCCGACGUCAUGCUGCUCCAUGUCCCGGGCACUCGCGCCAGGGUGGUCAACGACCUGUACGAUCUCGCCACCUCGCUUGUCUCGGAGCGAGACCCGGACAGGUGGAGGCGCAUUCAUGGAGGUUUACGAGCCGAAAACGAGACCCCCCACCCCAGUCUGCCCAACCCGGCUUCGGUCCCGAUGACCACGGCGGCUAACGAGCCCGCGGGGGUGAUUGACGACGUGCUGACCUUUAUCCUGCUGUCCAUUGCCGUGUCCGGGGGCGACUUCAAGUCCGACUGCUACAAGUGGUGGUCCAAGGCGGUCCGGCUGGCCUUCUCGCUCCGGCUCAACCGCGAGGACGAGCGGUGCUCGGCUCCAGUCUCGCCGUGCGCAAAUCCCCUCUGCCCAUGCCACAGAGACAAUGGAGACACGUCGUUGGCCAACCUGGAGCGUCGCGAGGAGCGCAGGAGAGUGUUUUGGCUCCUGUACAGCCUCGAUCGACAUCUCGGUUUGUCCUUUAACACCGUGCUCUCCAUGCCAGAUUCGUAUUGCGAGGUGUAUGCCCCAUUGCCGGAAGCCGUGUGGGAGAACCUCGACGUGAUUCUGGCGAGGGACCUGCCCAUGAGAACGGUAGGGCCACCGACACUGGCCAGCGGUACGGGCUUCUUCGAGUACUUUCUGCCCAUGAUGGCGAUUCUCGGCGACAUCAUCGAGGUGCACCACCGCCGUCGCCACCCUCGGCUCGGCGCACAGCAAGACGGCCAUUCCGUGGCCGUCGUUCAGGAACUCCUGGCAAGCUACGAAUUGAGCCUGGCCUCCUUGACGGCCGACGCCCCCUUGAACAGUCCUCUUUCGUCGCUCGGCACUCCCGUCCAUGCCAAUAGGGACCUCGUGACCGGGCUGUCCACGCCGGCGCUGUACCAGGAGGGGAUGCGAAUGGCACACGAUGCCACCGACCGGACCAAGGUGCGUCUCGUCAAGGCGUACAGCACGCACAUUCUGCACGUUCUCCACGUGUUGCUGCAUGGCAAGUGGGACGCGAUAUCUAUGCUGGACGACGGCGACGACUGGAUCACGUCGAAGCGGUUUACCGAGUGUGCCGCCCAUGCCAUCUCGGCAUCGCAGUCGGUGUCGACCAUCCUGGCCCUCGACCCGGAGCUCACAUUCAUGUCGUACCUGUUCGGCAUCUACCUCUUGCAGGGCAGUUUCAUCCUCCUGCUCUUCGCGGACCGCAUGCCCCAGCUGGGCCCCAACGAGUCGGUCGAACAGGCGUGCGAGAACAUCAUCCGGGCCCACGAGGUGUGCGUCGUCACCCUGAGCACGGAGUUUCAGAAAAACUUCCGCAAGGUUGUGCGAUCCACCCUGUAUAGCGUCCGUGGAUCGGGGACGACCAACUGGGAGGAGCACCGAGCCAGACGCAGAGCGCUGUCGCUAUAUCGGUGGACAAAGGGCGCCAGGGGACUGGCCUUGUGA